AUGAGGAAGAAGGCCACAUCGGCUAAACGGAAGUCCUCUGCUGAGGAGCAAAACACCAACCAAGUCCACCCUCUUCGAGCCGAGCUCUAUGAUCAACGCAAAACCAUGCUCAACACCGAUAUGCUGAACAUCAUUAAAAGAAGCCCUAGUUUCAUCAGGACUGGACAAAGCUCAGCUAAAAUAGUCUCUGCAGAGCAGGACCAGUUCAGGAAAUGGAUCCGUGACAACAUCAGGAAAAAGGAGUGCAUCUAUUUUUGCGAGAGACCUUGUGUUUCUCUUCAAAGGUCAGUAUGUGAGUGCGGAUACCCCAGGGAACAUCACAGAGAGGAGGCUAUUAACCUGGGUCGUUUACACGGUGAGCAAUGGAAUGCCAUGAAACACCUCCGGCAAGUCCCAACCGAUGCAUUUGGAGACAUAGUAUUUGAAGGACAAGGGCAGAAGGUUGCAAAGUACGCCCGAGUCUCAAAUGACACUGCUCCAGUAACACUCUACCAUCUCAUGACUGAGUGUUGGGGACUAAACCCCCCACAUCUUCUCAUUUCUGUAACUGGAGGGGCAAAGAACUUUCACUUGAAGCGAGGCCUGAGAGUCAUGUUCCAGAGAGGCCUAAUUAAAGUCGCCCAAUCGACAGGAGCGUGGAUUAUCACGGGAGGCACCUUUGCUGGGGUGAUGAAGCAUGUUGGAGAGUCAGUGCGACACUGUAAGAUGACCAGCCAAUCCAAGAAACAACAGAUUGUGGCCAUUGGUAUUGCGAGCUGGGGCAUUGUGCAUAACCGAGAGAGUCUGAUAUCUGAAGAGGGCAGGUUUCCUGUGGAAUAUUACAUGGAUGAGGCCAAUCAGGGCAGACUAUCCUGCCUGGACCACAACCAUACCCACUUUAUCCUGGUUGACAAUGGCACCCAUGGACAAUAUGGUGUGGAGAUUCUCCUAAGGGCCCAAUUGGAAAAGUACAUCUCAAAGCAGCGAAUGGGAACUGAAGAUGUUGGAAUUGAAACCCCAAUUGUAUGUGUUGUCCUUGAAGGAGGCCCAGGAACUCUGAACACAAUAUACAAUGCCAUGGGCAAUGGCACCCCCUGUGUAAUAGUGGAAGGUUCAGGACGAGUAGCAGAUGUUCUGGCUAAUGCGGCUGACUUGCCCAUGGCUCAGAUAACCAUCUCCUUCGUCCAGAAGCAACUGCGCAUGUUCUUUGCUGAAAUGUAUGACAAGUUCUCUGAGUGGGAGAUAACAUCAUGGACCAAAAAGAUUCAGGACAUUGUUAGGAUGAGGGAGCUGCUGACUGUUUUCAGGACGGAGAAGUCGAGGAAUGAUGAGUUGGAUGUUGCCAUUCUGGAGGCCUUGCUGAAAGCCUCUAGUUCCCAUGGGCACAAAGGCCAGGAGAACCUGGAUCACCAGAUGAAGCUGGCUGUGGCCUGGAACAGAGUGGACAUUGCCAAAAGCACCAUUUUCACCGAUGACAAACAUUGGAAGCCCCACCACCUCCACCAAGCCAUGUUUGCGGCUCUCGUCAGUGACAAGCCCGGCUUUGUGGAACUCUUCCUGGAGAAUGGUGUGAACCUCCGGGAAUUCCUCACACCGGAGAUCCUCGAGCGGCUCUACAACAACAUCCCACCCUACACGCUUUUGUACAAGAAGCUGCAGAAAGUGGUGCAAGGAGGAAAACAAACUCACGCCACUGAUACGACAGACAGCAAAAGGAAUGUCCUCCUCCACCAUGUUUCCACAGUCCUCCAGGAGCUGCUCGGGGAAUUCACUGAACCUCUCUACAGAACACUGAAAGAAGUACAAGACAGAAAGAAGGUCAACAACACGGCAACAAAAAUAAAUAUCCUGCCAUCAAGUCUCCAGGAGCUGCCCGCUUACUCCCAGGAGAGUGGGAUCUGUGAGCAGGAAGUUGAGAAUCCAGAGCGUGACCUUUUCAUCUGGGCCAUUUUGCAGAAACGCAAGGAUUUGGCAUCAAUUUUUUGGGUGCAGGCAAUGGACAGCAUCGAUGCAUCACUGGUCGCCUGUAAGAUCCUGAAGAAGUUGUCCUGUGAAGAGAAUGACGCAGACUUAUCUGAGGAAAUGGAAGAACUGGCCCAGGAGUAUGAGAAUCGAGCAGUAGGGUUAUUCACAGAGUGUUACAGGAAACACAGUAAGCGAGCACAGAAGCUGCUGAUUCGCGUAUCGAGUACCUGGGGGAAUACAACUUGCUUGCGUCUGGCGUUAGAAGCUGAAAGCCAGAAGUUCAUGGCACUUGGAGGUGUUCAGGCACUGCUGACCAAGAUCUGGUGGGGUGAGCUCUCUGUUGACACCAACACAUGGCAGGUACUGCUCUGCCUCCUCCUCUGGCCUGUCAUCUACUCCAACCUCAUCACUUUCAGGUAGGAACCCUCUGACAAGGCCCAUUGGCGAGAUGAAGAAUGGAGAAAGAAGAAGCUAUCUAGUGAUAAUGUGCUGAUUGCUAAUCUUCCUGAAAACAGCAAUGUCAAACUUCACACUGGACAGCGUUCCAUCUCACGGACUGCCCUGUUGCCUCGGUCUGAUGAUGCCGAUUUGAAACCACUGUCACCCUGGCAGAAGCUAAAAACUUUCUACACCGCACCCGUGGUGGUCUUUUACUGGAAUAUCCUGGCCUAUUUUGGCUUCCUGUGGCUGUUUUCCUACAUUCUGGUGAUCGACUUCCAGGAGCAACCUUCAGGAAGGGAAUACCUUCUCUAUUUCUGGCUGUCUACUUUGGUGUGUGAAGAAAUAAGACAGCUGUUGUAUGAUCCGGGUGGUUUCGGCUUCCGGAGGAAGGCCCUCUUAUACAUCAGUAGCGUCUGGAAUUGCAUGGACGUGGCUGCCAUCGUGAUUUUUGUGGUGGGGCUCCUUUGCAGGUUUUUCCCUUCAACUUUAUACUUGGGAAAGAUUAUUUUGGCCCUGGAUUUCAUCAUUUACUGUCUCAGAGUGAUGCAUAUUUUUACUGUUAGCAAAACGCUUGGGCCAAAAAUCAUCAUGGUGCAAAUGAUGAUGAAGGAUAUCUUCUUCUUCCUGUUUCUACUGCUACUGGCAAUCGUGGCAUACGGUGUGGCCAAACAGGGUAUUCUCAUCCACAACGAACAGCGGUUGAACUGGAUAUUCCAGGGGGUGGUGUACCAGCCGUACCGAAUGAUAUUUGGCGAAAUCCCGACUGAUGUCAGUUAUUCAGGUUUUGAUCUGAGUCAGUGCACGUUGAAUGGCAGUGACCCCUACAAACCUAUGUGUCCUAAGCAUGACAGCGAGAACAUUCCCACCUUCCCAGAGUGGGUAACCACCAUCCUGCUCUGCCUGUACCUGCUGUUCAGCAACAUUCUCCUGCUCAAUCUUUUGAUUGCGAUGUUCAACUACACCUUCCAAGUGGUCCAGGACAAUACAGAUAUAAUCUGGAAGUUUCAAAGGUAUCCCCUAAUCGAGGAGUAUUACUGCCGUCCACCUGCACCCCCUCCCUUCAUCGUAUUCAGUCACAUCUUCCUCUUAAUUGAACAUUUAGUGCAGCGGAAACCAAGAUGGAAGCAUAAGAAAUUCAAGAAACAGCUGGAUGAGAAAGAGGAGGCUGAGCUGUUAGCCUGGGAAGCCAUCAUCAAGGAGAACUACCUGAUGAAACAAAACCGCCGUGAGAGACAGAGUCUCAACCAACAAAUCAGCUACACCAAGGAGAAGGUGGAUGCAGUGGCAGAGGCAAUCGACCUCAACAGGGAAGGCAGUAAAAUGGAGCACAGAAUCUCUCAUCUGGAGGAACAGAUGAUGCAGACCAUGAGGGCCUUGAACUGGAUUGUGAACACACUGAUAGAAAAAGAUUUUGGCUCCAGGGAGAGUGCACCUACCCUCGUCAUUUCUGACAACAAAGACACAGAGGACGAAUUCGAGGCUGAGGCAAAGGAACUCAAGCCUGUGUGCCAUGUGCUUGCCCGAAGUUUGGUAUAUCCAGGCACCAACAUUAAUCGGUUUCCUGUACCUGAUGAGAAGGUGCCAUGGAAGACAGACUGGUUAUAUGGGCUGAUCAGUGGCAAAUGGAAAUCAAUAAAUCCAUAUGGAAGGACUGGCAUGAGGGGAAAAGGGAGUCUUUGCUGCUACGGACCAAACCUCGCAAUGAAUCCCAUUAUUACACGCUUUAAGAGGAACUCAGAUAACUCUGUCACUGAGAAAAAUGGCAAGCAGGUACUGGAGUUUCUUGUCAUCCGAUAUCCAGGUGAAGAAUGGACCACACCCACGGGAAUCCUGGAACCUGGAGAGAUGUUCCCAAGAAACAUGAGGGUCAUCUUAAACCAAAAGAUACUGGGCAUGUUUCGGAAACUGCAAAAGAAGGCCCUAGAGGUUGGAGCUAAGUCCUGUGCUCAUUGCUUUGUCAAGUCAUGUCCAACUACUGGUGUUCACAGUGCCAAUAUUAACUAG